AUGGGAAAGUCCAAGUUUCCCGGCAAACCGUCGCGUUUGGUGAACAAGAAGCGCGUCUCGGUGUUGUCGCCUACCGGGCUCACGUUAAGCGAUGAGGACAAUCAGGAGAACAGCGGCCAGCAGCAGCAGCAGCAAGGAGUUAGCAAUAGCGCAUCAGUUGCUACCGUUGCUGCCAGCACAGUGGGAACGUCGUCGUCGCCUUCUUCGACCGCCUCGUCAUCAACGGUAUCCAUGCGAACGAGCGAGAAACUUUCCACGUUCGCACAGCGCAAAGAGCAGCAGCAGCACUCAGCAUCAUCUGUGCCCGGUGCUGGAACGAAAGGUUCGAAAGCUACAGUGACAAGCAAUGGUAGCAACAAUGCUGCGGCCAGCAGCACCACAACAGUGUCCUCGCAGUCAUCGACGGAAGGGAACGGGAAUGGUAGAAGAAAUGGCGCUGAUAAACAUACGUCCGGAGCUGCUGCAUCAAAGGAUGAUGGCGCCAGCGAGAACAACGAGACCGAAAACGGUGCAGAUGAUAACGAUGACCACAACAACGACGAGAACGAGGACGACGAAGAGGAGGAUGAUGAUGAAGAGGACGAUGAUGACGAUGAGGACGAGGAGGAAGAUGACGACGAGGAGGAUGACGAUGAAGAGGAGGAGGACAAUGAGGAGCAGGAGAUACCGGCCGAUGGGUCGGUAGAAACGGGGGAUGAGUCAACCACAACCAGCCCCACAGCGACACCGACGUCCACCGUAUCAUCGAUGGCGGCAACCACAUCAACGCCGGUCACCAUUAGCGGCACGAGUGAGGUUAGGUCGGCCGUCGGAAACGGCCAACAGCAGUCAACGCAGCAGCAGCAGCAACCGACGAUGCAAAGCACUAGUAGCAGCGUACGAGGCGAGAAGCUGCCAGCCACCGGAAAUGGUUUCGAAAUGAAACCAUCUACCCUAACGUCGGCGCUGGCGCGACGAUGUCCUCCCGGUGUGGCAUCCGGGCGCGUCAGUCGACAGCAGUCACCGUCCUGCGAACAAAGCGCAACGCUCAGUAGUGCGAACAGCAGUGAAGGCGCAAACAGUAAUCCCAGUGCCACCGGUAAUACGAAAACCGUACGCGUCCCAACGGCGGAAGCAUCGAUGGAACAUUCUACAACCGUUGCUGACGGCGCCGGAAGUUCCGAUGGUACAACGGCCGGUGCGGCGACACUAAUGGAUUCGAAACCACCGCACCCGGCCGCACCAUCGACUGGCAGCGGCAAUGCCACACCGGUGAAGAAGAAAAGUGUCACGUUUCACACCACGCUCGAGACGACGGACGAGAACAUUGUGAAGAAGGUGUACAACCCGGACACGGUUCCGCUGCCAUCGAUUAUCAAGAAGGAAUGCCUCGCCCGACCGAUCCGGUUGAAAAAGAGCUUUAAUCGGAAGAUGAAGAAGCGACUGCAGCGAGCGGUAGCAGCCGCAGCUGCCGCGAGUGCCGCCGCAUCCGCGUCCGCCAGUGUAUCCGGCGGGGGCAAAGCGAUGGAGUGUCUAGUGCGACCAUCCCGAUUGACAGAGAUCGUGCUAAAAUCGAGCAGCAAAUCUUCGCCGGGAGUUAGCACAGUCGAUAGAAACAGUGGCUCUGUCGGGGGGCUUGGCUUUGGACUCAAAGCGGCCGAAGGUGCGAAAGCUGGCGUAUCGUUUGGUGGGGCAAGUGAGCCCGCCCAAUCGGCACCUGUUACCACGGAUGGUGAUAUGGCGGGCCGUAACCUGGAAAGUGGUGGCACACAGUUUGGAGACAAGCGAUUCAUUCUGCCCAAGCGGAGCGUUCAUUCUAGUCGUGUGAUAAAACCGAACAAAAGGUUCCUGGAUGAAUUUGAGUUGGAGAUUAAGAAGAAAAAUAAGAAUUUAGCAGCAGCGGCUGCGAUUGCCGCUGCAGCUGCUGCGGCAAGCACGGGAAGCCCCGUUGGCAGUGCGGGAGCUUCAUUGAACUCCAGCGCCCCCAGUUUUGGAGGGCUGGGAAGUGGUGGCAAUUCUGCGGGAGAAACAGGAGUUAACGCUGUAACAGGAACCGAAGGCGAUUCUAUUACCAGUGAUGAUACGAGGAGGAAGAAGGAUAAAAAGAAAAGCGAUGAAUCGACGGGGUCGAUAGGGUCGUCCGAAAAGACUUCAACCAUAGCUCAUCAUCCAAACAUCGAUCCUCGACCGGAAGGAAGUCCACCGGGUGACCGUUCGUUAAUGACGCCCAUCAGUAUUAAUCCAUUCGCAAAGACAUCACUCACGGACGGUCCCCUAGCACCGGGUACCAAGAGCGCAAGUUCGAAGCUUGUUAAACCAUCGCAGCUCUCUCCGGCGAUCGCAUCGUCCACGCUCAGCGCUUCGACUACCAGCACAACGAAUCUCGCGGCAGCUGCCUCAAUCUUUGGCAAAGGAAUCCUGCGCCAGCCAAGACUUCAGUUCGCUACCUCGCUGCUCAACAACACCAGCAAUAGUAUUGGAGGCAUCAAUGGGGCUGUAUUAAACAGUAUUACAUCCAUCAACUCCAACUCACAGCCCGUGCCAUCUAAUACCCCCAAUUCGGCGGCACCAUCAGCGACAGGAUCGGCUGCCGGUGCCUCGCUGGGAACAAGCAGUGGAACGCCCGAAGGGCUCUUUACGAUGCAUCUGAAAGCGAAAGCAAAACUUGACGCUUCGAAACUAUUCUCAGCUGCGCUUGGCGUUGGCAACCCAUCGGCGGCAGUUCAAAACGGUUCGAGCAAUGCGUCUGGUGCCGCAUGCUGCAUCUGCAGCAUACCGGUAAAUUCUCGGUACUACGCGCAACCGACGAAAAAGUACGGUGUAAGCUGCUGUGAUGUGUGUCGUAAGUUCAUCUCCAAGAUGGUGAAAAAGCUAGCAACGGGAAGCAUGAUUAGCCCGACCCAACCAGGCGCAGGGACGGAAGUUACUAUGCUUAAGUGUAAAAAUGAGGGUAAAUGUCUCAUCAUACCACCGUCACUAUUAAUGCGCCCGGACACGGUCAAAACAAGGCACAUCUUCAAGGAACGCUGUCAUGCGUGCUGGCUGCGCAAGUGUCUCGGUAGUUUUCAGUUACCACCCGUGCUGAAGAUUCGGUUGGGCCAAACGUUACCGUUAACGAUGCGAAACUUCGAACCUCCGGGCAAUGGAACAUCGGGAUGCACCGGUGCGCUAAAGAAGGAUCCUUCCUCUGAGGGAAAUCUCUUCGCGAACAGUAUUGCGGAGCACGGACCAACGAACGGUACUUCGCGAAUCCUGUGGACCAGCGGUGAUAAGAAACCUGGCAGCUUAGCAGAGGGUUUCAACAAGUCGUUUAAUCCAUUCCUAGCGCUCCAUAUAAACCCGCUCUCACAGAACAACAACACGUUCGGGAGUGUCCCGCAAAUAAAACUUAAUCUUGUUGGUAAUGAGCGCAACAACAUCAUGGCGGCAAGCCCUAGCAGCUCAUCUGGCGCAAGUUCAUCCGGUGGCAAGAGUCCACUUGCUGGUAAGGAAGACAUUUUCACAUCAAGUGAACCACGGAAAGAUACUGUGAAGCUCGAAGAUUCGUCGUCGGUGGCUACAACUGCCACUGCGCGGAAGGAUAUCAAGGAAGAGCAGGAGAAUAGUCCCGUGAAGCCACCGCGGACGAGAAGUAAAUCGGAAGCAACUAGUAGUCAUCAGCAAACUGAAGCAACAACCACAGUGGAAACGAAAAGUGAAAAUCCAGUUCCUUCAACUGGUGCCAAUUCGUCCCAGCCAACUGCAACCCCCAGUGCUGGUUCACUAACGACGGCUGGAGCAAACCAAACAGCGACGGACAAACGGCAACGAAUCGAUCUUAAGGGACCUCGAGUGAAGCAUGUCUGUCGAAGUGCGUCAAUCGUACUUGGACAGCCGCUAGCAACCUUUCCUGAGGACGGUUCGGUUGGAUCACCGAGCGGAGGAGCGCUAGAAAACAUCGAAACACCACCCAGUGAUAGUGCGGCUGAACCAGCCGAAGAUCUUCCGCUUAUGGACAAAGAGCGACGUGCUACAAAGUCGAACGUGAAGCAAGAUUGCAGCGAUUGUAUCGAUCCGGCGGUGGCUCUUUCUCCACCUGCCACACCCGAUGAAGAUACGAACGAAGUGCGUGAAACACCAACAAAGGGCGAUCGUUUCGAUCCAGAUACUAGUGGAUCGACGGAGAAAGAGUUGGUGAUUGACGAAGACAAACUUCCGGACGUGGAAGAUGAAAAAGAAGAGCAGUGCCAGGAAGAAACAGCUGAUUUGAAGGCCAAUAUUUGUGAUGCUAAGGCUAGUUCCAUGGUUACGAAUGUGAUUCCUGUAAAGGAAGAACAAGCUAAAUCGUUAUCAGUGGCAAUUCCUACUUCAGCACCAGUGAAGAAGCAGGACGACCAUGUAGAUAAACCUGCUACUCGGAAGACUACCAGUUCCUUCCGUCCCCAAGCAUCGCGACAGUACGGUCUGGGUGCCAUGGGCAAGGGUCCGUCUAACAUCAGUGGUCGAAAGCAGCAGCAAUCACAAGUUUCCUCAUCGUUGGUCGCACUCGGCAAUCGUAAUGCGGCAUUAUCAACAACCGGUGGGGUAACUGGAGCAAUGGGAUCAUUCUCGAACAUUCGCACACUCAACGAUAUCCCGAUGAUUUCGAUAGAUUUUUGGGAAAAUUACGAUCCAGCCGAGGUUAGUCGGACUGGCUUUGGGUUAAUCCUAUCGGAAACGAUGCCGGUCCGGGCGCUUUGUUUUCUAUGCGGCAGUGCAGGCCACGAAAGUAUGCUAUUCUGUGUGUGCUGCUGUGAACCGUAUCAUCAGUACUGCGUUAAGGACGAGUAUAAUCUCCGAACGGGCACUGGAACGGGACUGGAUGAUACGGGCAACAUGAGUUUGCUGGACGUUACACUAGGUGCAUCGCCACAGCAACAACAGGAGCAGCUAUUGAUUGCUCGGUUCAACUGGAUGUGUCCACGAUGUACCGUAUGUUUCAGCUGCAACAUGGCCACAGGCGCUAAGGUGAAGUGUCAAAAGUGUGCCAAGCACUAUCAUACUACCUGUCUCGGUACGAGCAAACGCUUACACGGAGCCGAUCGGCCACUGAUCUGUGCCGGUUGUUUACGCUGCAAAAGCUGUGGUACAACGAACGUUACGAAGUUCAUAGGCAAUCUUCCCAUGUGUACACCGUGCUUUCGCUUGCGACAGAAAGGAAACUAUUGUCCACUGUGCCAGAAGUGCUACGAAGAUAACGACUUUGAUUUGAAGAUGAUGGAGUGCGGCGACUGUCGCCGGUGGGUGCACGCACGGUGUGAAGGCCUAACGGAUGAACAGUACAACAUGCUCAGUGUGUUGCCGGAGAACAUCGAAUUCAUCUGCAAAAAGUGCGCCAAGCAUGGUGAUGGUACUGCCCAUCUAUGGCGGGAUGCGGUGGCGGCAGAGUUUAAAGCAGGUCUCCUAAGCGUGGUGAAAUUGUUGAGCAAAAGUCGCCAGGCCUGUGCCCUGCUCAAGCUUAGCCCACGGAAAAAAUCACCCAACUGCACUUGUGGUGCUGCUGCGGGUUCGAUCACGAACGGGAAGAACAUUUCUUUCUUUGGAGGAACUUUUUCGGCGGGAGUGGACACGUCGAGUUUCCCUUCAUCUGCAGCGGGAUCAGCGUCGAAAAAACCCAAACUGGACGAGGAUUCGAUCUACGACUUUAGCAGCGAAAAUAGCUGUGGCAGUAGUAGCGGUAAUAGCAAUACAGGGGCAGGUUACGCCGUGGUUCCGGUAUCGGGCAGCGGUAAUAGUUUCAACAAAUGUUACUGCUCUGCUCGUAUAACCCCUGGCAAAGGUUCACCUACCGGAGGAGACAUCAGUUUGGUCGACAUUAAGCAGAAAAUCAACGCAAAUGAGUACUAUUCACUGCAGGACUUUCACUAUGACAUGAACACGCUGUUGCAGAUGGUUGGCUCUGAGGAGCUAACGGUGGCGUACAAAGAGUUUUUGAGUGAAACAUUCCCAUGGUUCCAGAACGAAACGAAGGCUUGUACGGAUGCGCUCGAGGAGGCCAUGUGCGGCGAGGUCGAUCAAACGACUGGGAUUGAUCGAUACCACUCAUCCACAGGGUCUGGGGGUAUGAAUGGUCGUGGUGGUUUCCAACAUGGAUCGAACAAUAUCGAUGGAAACUCGUUUGGAGCACUUGGAGCUGGAAUGGAUCAAAAGGUCCCCCAAAUUGACAUCCCUCUCGACGAGUUAACGGAUUACUUCCACGAGACGGAAGAGGUGCUGUUGGAAACCCGGAUCUGCAUGUUGUGCAAGCAGCAAGGCGAAGGAAUGAUCCUGCACGAGUCCCGGCUGCUUUAUUGUGGCCAAAACAAUUGGGUACAUACCAACUGUGCUCUUUGGUCGGCAGAAGUAUUUGAGGAAAUCGAUGGUUCACUGCAGAAUGUCCAUUCAGCUGCAUCGCGCGGCCGUCUAAUCAAAUGUUGUCACUGCGGUGUGAAGGGUGCCACUGUCGGAUGCAACGUGAAGAAUUGCGGUGAACACUACCACUUCCCCUGUGCGAGGCGUAUCGGAUGCGUGUUUAUGUUGGAUAAGACGGUAUACUGUACGGCUCAUGCGGGUGAGGCAAAGAAAAAGCGUUGUCCUGAAGAGCGCAACUUUGAGAUCGCACGUUCCGUCUACGUUGAACUAGAUCGACGGAAGAAGCGAUUCGUAGAACCGAGCCGGGUGCAGUUCAUGAUUGGAUCGUUGAAUGUACGGCGCCUGGGACACGUGGUACCGACGUUCAGUGAUCAUGCGGACGUGCUCAUUCCAGCGGACUUUGAAUGCACGCGAUUGUACUGGUCAGCCAAAGAGCCUUGGAAGAUUGUAUCGUAUCAAAUCAAGACAUCGAUUCAGAGCAACAACUAUGGCUACGGUACUGAUCUCGGCAAGAACUUUACCGUCGAUCAUUCAUCGAACAGUAGUACCGUGCAGUGGGGUCUCACGCAGAUCGCUCGCUGGCACACCAGCCUGCAGUACACUGACAACCAGGAAGAGGAAGAUGUCGAUCCACUGCAGCCUGACGUUAUGCAGCAGCAUUUGCUAUCGUCAAUGUCUUCAACCGCCACGACGAUGACCACCACAACCACAACGCAGUUGUUAGGUUCCGCCUCGCUUAGAGAUCGUGGUGCCUCGAGGCAGCAACAUCAACUGCAGCAGCAGCUUCAAUCGCUGUGCGAAUCGAAUCCAGUUUGUAGCACUGGAGAAGAUACGAACGAUGAGGAGCCCCAGAACACGAACGAUCUCUUGCCGCCGGAAAUAAAGGACGCAAUUUUUGAGGACCUGCCACACGACAUUCUCGAUGGUAUUUCGAUGCUGGACAUACUGCCCAAGCUGAUGACCUACGAGGAUUUGCUCGCAAUGGAUCUGAAAACCGACGCCACGUUCAACGUGGAUAUCUUAAAGGACCCGGGAAUGAUUCAGGUGCACGGUAACGGUGCAGGCUCUUCUUGUUCGUCGUCUGGCCCAGCAACGACCAUGAGUGGCCAUUCUUCCAAACCGGAAGAAAAUUCCGGUAUGGAUGUGGAUGAUAUGGAUAGUCUGCAUGCGACAAUCGGUGGUGGGGUUGGAUCUGAGCUAAGUAAUGAUAGCUGGGCUAAAACGAUUGCUACUCCCGGCGUAGAGGAUGCACUUCUAUCCGGAAUGGCGAAACCAACCACCUCCAAUGCCACAAAUCAUCGGGAGCUGAAACGAAGCAAAUCGGACAUUCUCGAAGCCAUCGUAGCAGUCGGACAGCAGCAACCUCGUGGUCAACGAUCGGGUAGCUUUUCCUGGAGUACGAAGCAGCUCGAAUCGACUGCGGCAGUGGUGGCAAAACGUCGUAAAAUUGCUAAAAACAAUAUAAAGCUCUCGGAUGUGCUUUCGCUGGGACGAAUCAAGGAGGAUAUUGCUUUCGGUGGGCCGAUGUCUACUACUACCACGACGACAACAACCACGCUGGCAACAACAACGGCGAGCACAAACGUUGUUAUGCAGGAACGUCGCAAGUCAGUGCAGGAAGAAUAUUCUUGGUCAUCGGUGAAAAAAUCCACAACCGUGACCGAUGGGUCGUCCGAUAAUGGAAAUGUGUUUGAGAGGCUGAAAAUAUCGCAGCUCGAUGGUGUGGAUGAUAUUUGUCUCGAUGGCACGGUAGGAGAGAUGAAGAUCUACUCUUCGCGCUCAAUGAUCGAAGCACCGGUGAAGUGUGAUCGUUGCCAGGCAACGUAUCGUAACCAGGAAUCGUACCAACGCCAUCUUAGCUCGUGCGAAGUGUUAUCCACCAGUGAAUCUGAAUCCGAAACGCGAUCGCCCCGCUUGUUGAGUCCCGAGCAACAGCAACAACAGCAACAGCAGCAACAGCAAAUCAUCACCGGACAGAUAGCAGGCACCGCCGGCAACACUUUCAUCCUGCCCCAGGCAACAUCUCAACCGCAAACGAUUACGACCGAUAUCUACGGUAACACGACGGGUUAUCUUACGGCCUCAUCACAACCUGGCGGCCACCCGCAAACCAUCUCAGUAUUGCAGACCGGUCAAACGAUAAAUUUGAACGGUAAUCAAGCGAUACUGUCCAACCUGCCGACGUCGAUGCCGAUCACCAUCAAUCAGCUCUCAUCGAACGGCAUUCCUAUUCAGACUUCCGCUGCGGGUGCGCAGCAAAUCCCCAUCCAGGGAACGCUUCAGGCGGGUUCCGUUGGGUUGCAAAAUCUAGGUGGAAACAUGAUCAUUUCCACACCGAACGGGCAAGGACAAAUCUUUGCCACCACGAACCAAUUUUCGAAUGCCACCUUUCAGCAGCAAUCCCAACAGCAACAGCAGCAGGUGUUGCAGGACAACAGUGCGCAACAGUUCGUGCAGAAUAAGCAGCGCUUUAUUCAACCCGCACCUACCGGAUCGUCAAUCACACUCCCGCACAGUCUAGCUUCCGGCACGGGACCAAUGACGACAACCACGCUCAGCACAGCCCAAGCCCUUGGCGGUGUGUUCUCGCAGCAACCGCAGAUCAUCUCGAUUGGACCGAACGGGCAACCGCAGCUGAUGACGAUCGCUGCCCCGCAGCAGCAACAAACGAUUCUGCAGAGCGGUGGCACACAACAGAUGGCAAUGCAACCGGGUGCAAAGAAGAUUGUCUACACCACCGCAUCGCCCAAGAAGGUCAUCACAAAGCACCCUCACCAGCAACAACACCCGCAGCAGGGUUCGCUUAAAACAAAGCGCACAAUCACAUCGAACGGUGUGGCGAAAACUUCUAUGCAGAUGAAAACCAAACAGCAACAGCACCAUCAUCAGCCGCAAGAACAAACGAUGACAAUUCAUCCAUCGACGACAAUGAUCGGUGGUCAGCCGACAGGUGCGCUGCAAACGACUCUUGCUGCACCACAGGCGCAACAGCAGCAACAGAUACAGCUGAUCAACGCUUCGUAUCCGUUGAUACGAUCGGCGGCAACACCGGCUGCGCCACAGCAAACACCAGGCAACAUCAUCUUCCAGGCGCAGUCGCCCGCAAACCAGCCAAUCCUUGUGCAACAAGUCGGAGGCAACCAAAUAUCCUACCUGUCCGACCAGGGUACACUAACGGCGACGCACAGUCCGGUGCAGUACCAGCUAGCACCGGCAAACAUGCUGACGCAGAACGGAUUCGCGAUGGCUACGACCGGGACGGAUGCGGGAACGCUAGCAGCCGCAACGGCCAACAACAUUCUCAUCCCGAACGGCACCGGUGGCUACUCGCUCAUCCCGGCUGGAGCGUUACAGAUCGCGACCCAGCCGCAGGUCAUUGGUACGAUCGUGCAGCCGCAAGCGGCCACCAUCCAGUGUGGCAUGAUGGCGACCGAACAGAUGGUACUGGGUGCGACGGCAGCAGCAACCGCCACCGCUCAACCGACGCUCGAGAUGAUGGUGACCGAUCCGGCAUCCGGGUGCAUGUACCUAACCAGCCCCUCGAUGUACUACGGGCUGGAGACGAUCGUGCAGAACACCGUGAUGUCCUCGCAGCAGUUCGUAUCCGCAACAGCGAUGCAAGGUGUGUUGAGUCAGAAUUCAAGCUUUUCCGCUACUACCACGCAAGUGUUUGCGGCUAGCAAGAUUGAACCGAUUGUCGAAAUGCCCACAGGGUACGUGGUGUUGAACAACGACGCUACUGGUCAGCCGAUGCAGAUUGGAACGUCUAGCGCAUCCGUCGUCUCGCAGGCAUCCACACCGGUCCAGAUCCAAACGUCCCCGAGCGUUGGUGGAAACGGUGCGCAAACCAUCUUCCAGCAGGCACCACUCCAACCGACGGCGGUGGUUUCCUCCGCGACCGGUGCACUGCCGGCCACAAUACAGACGACUCACCAACCGAUAGGAACUAUCCAGCAACAGCAACAGCAGCAGCAACAACUUUGGAAGAUAGAAACAUCCUCGCCCUCUGGAAUCAGUAUUCAACCGAGCACCAACACAAUUGCCACCAGUUCCUCAAGCUCUACCACUUCGAUCGUAACACCGUUGAAGCCGACGAUGAAGACGAUCAUUCCGAAGGCACAAUCACAGCUGGUUAACAAAGUCAUGCCCAAUACGGCUAUGAAGGUGUUAGGCAGCGGUACCGAGCAAAUCACAACCAGCACGGGUGUAGUGUCUGCGUCGCAGCAGCAUAAAUCUGCCGCCGCCUUCCAGUCGAUCGUCUCAUCGUCCGUCUACACGACGGCCACAGCCCUGACGACCUCCACCAAGGUUUCGAACGUAAUCAAACCGAUUACAAAAACGACCAACUACACCAAACCGAAGAUCGUUGCAAAGCCAGUGAAACAGAAGACGUCCGCUUCGCUGCUUUCACCGCCACCAUCGACAACACCGCCCGCAUCGAUUUAUCAGCUGUCCCAGCCACAACCGCAACCGUUGAUGAUCUCUGCACAACCGGUGCCACAGCAACAAUUGCUGCAGAAUAGCAUCACGCUAAUACCGACCAGCAACAAUAUCGGUGCGGUAAACAACUCAUCACAGCUGGUGCCGAUCAAACCGAACGUCAACGGGAACGGGCUGCAAACGAUCGCGGCAAACCAACUGACGGUCAGCGCGAUCAAGCAACCAUCGAUGGUGAUCGAGAAACUGUCACCGCAGCUACAGCCGCCCGUAGUGUCGUCGACCAGUGCGUCGCCUGUCACAAAUGGGAUUACCCUCAGCAAUGGUCCCAUGAUGAUUAUACAGCCAACCAGUGCAACGCACAAGAAACCGGGACACGUGAAUGGCCAGGGGACGCAUAUGAAGAAGCAGAAAACUAUGCUGCCAAUGAACGCCAACCAGACCCAGAUGAUCAACUACGGCACAGCGCAACAGCAAGCGCAGCCACCCCAAGGCCAACAACAACCGUACCAGCAGCUAAUGAACGUCGUAUCCACAGCGCAACAACAAUUAGCAGGCCUUCCGCAGCAACAGCAGCAGCAACUUCAGUCGCAACCCAUCACCAUCACCCAGGGCGGCAAGGGUUCGCUUUCCAAAAAGUCCUCCAGUGCGGGACAAAUUACGCUGUCCCUUGCAAACACCGGUGCCUCUAGCGCCGGUGGACCAGUGCCGGUGUCGAUGCCAGCAUCCACGAUCACGAUCACACCAUCACAACCUGCGAGCAUCACACUUCCCACGGCCCCAUACCCGAUGCCACACUACUCCAACAUACCCACCAACGUGGUCAAUCCGAUACAACAGCAAACGAAUCCAAACAACAACCAAAACAAUAACUCAUCCACCGUACAGAACCGGCCAACCAAUCGGGUCCUACCGAUGCAAGCCUCGGUGAUGCAGCAAAAGAACGCCGAAGUGUCGCAAACGCCGCCACCACCACCGCUGAAGAUGCUCCAGCAGCAAUGCUCGGAAAAGAUGGACGAGUUUACCAUCAUCCCGAACAAUCAUCAGGUAGCUUCGCCGUACGGCGUAUCCACGCCCAGUUCAUCGCCCAACGAUGUGGACAGGAUGAAGAUGGCGAGCAGCGACAAGUUGCUAGCGUCGAACAAGCCCAACAAUCGGCUCGAGAUUGAGAUAAAACCGAUCGAAAUAACGCCACUCACGUCGGCGAUGAUGACACCGACCACUACGAACGGAAGCUGUACACCGUCUCCGUUGCCACCAUCAUCGCACCAACAGGAACCGGCUCACUCACCAGUGCCUGUGGGACAAUCCACCAUGAUGCUGGAGAUGGAAGAGCAGCAGCAGCAGCAACAGCAGCAACAACAUCAUCAGCCACAAGCGAACCAACCGAUAACUCCAAGCUUCCAGUUCAGUCUAACCUUCGAUGGCAACGGUACACUGAUUCCACUGGGUGGGGGUCCACUCGAUCAUCAAAACACUCCCCUAACAAUGUCGGCACAGAUCGAAAUCAAACCGAUCCUUUCGGCGCCAACUGAUUCAACCGUUGGAAUACAAUCACCUCAACCGACGCUAAUGUCGCACGACUCGAUCGAGGACGAUCGGGACACGGAAACGCAAAGGAUCGAUGAGUUGAAACAUUCGCUAGAGGCGGAAACGCAAGAAAUGCUAGCGGAAGGGCAUGACACCUCGAUGUGCGGUGACAGUGGUGCCGGCAGUAGCAGCGGUGCCGCCUCGCCAAGUAUGAACGAUGGUGAAUCGGACUCGCCGGAGAUAAAGGAUAAGAUUUCCGAAAUACUCGAUAAUCUCGAGCAGCAGACGAACCAGGAGGCGGAAAUGCACCACCGAACGGGUGCGCUGCAGAUGGAUGCGUUCGAGAGUCUGCGGCAAUCGAAGGAUCUGCAGGCGGACCAACGACAGCAGCACCAUCACCGUACGCUCGAAACGGUGGCCGAUUGUGCUGCCGAGACGGAACGGAUCGUGGCGGAGCUGAAUGAGGAGUACCAUUCGGCUGCGACUUCUCCCUCUUUGGCGACUGCCGCCACUACCAUGCCAAUGAUGACGCUGGAAGAAAUGCAAUCUUCGGAAAAUUUGGCCAAUCAGCAAUCGCUGCUGACGAUCGCCAGUUCCAUGUUUGACUCCAAGAAGGAGUCGGAUGUUUGCUUCCGUGACACGCAACGGUCAAGCUUUGGUGUCGAUAACUCCUUGCUACACAAUGGUGAUGCGGAAAGUGUGCUGUUCGGGAAGAUUCGUCAGCCGGAACCAUCGCCACUGUCGCAACCAUCGCCCACAGAGCACCAUCAGCAGUUGCAGCUGGAUGAGGAGUUGCAGCAAUAUACCGUACAGCCCUCGCCACCGGCAACCGUACCGAAGGCACAGUCCAUUCCGCGUUCCACAAGUCCGAAGUUGCUGUACGAAAUUCAAUCACAGGAUGGAUUCACCUACAAGUCAACGUCGAUCGCAGAAAUCUGGGACAAGCUGUUCGAGGCGGUACAGAUCGCACGGCGCGCACACGGUCUAACAGCGCUGCCCGAAGGCCAGCUGAAGGAAAUGGCCGGUGUACAGAUGCUCGGUCUGAAAACCAACGCUAUCCGGUAUCUGCUCGAGCAGCUGCCGGGUGUUGAGAAGUGCACGCAGUACAGUCCACUCUACCACAAGAAGCAAGCUGGGCUAGGCGGUACCGGUGCUGGUGGUGGUGCUGGUGGGAAUGGGAUGAAUGGAGCCUUCGCGCCCCAUGGAGCGUCAGAGUAUGCGGAGUAUUUCGAUGAUCUGCAGGAGAACCCACACGGCACGGCACGGUGUGAGCCGUACAGUACGCGCUCGGAGUACGACAUGUUCAGCUGGUUGGCGUCCAGACAUCGCAAACAACCGAUGCCGAUCGUUGCACAGAACAUCGACGAUACGAUCAUUCCACGACGCGGCAGUGGCAGUAAUCUACCGAUGGCAAUGCGCUACCGAACGCUGAAGGAAUCGUCCAAGGAAUCGGUCGGUGUCUAUCGAUCCCACAUACACGGUCGUGGAUUGUUCUGUAACCGUGACAUUGAAGCAGGUGAAAUGGUGAUCGAGUACGCCGGUGAGCUGAUCCGCUCGACAUUAACCGACAAGCGCGAACGGUACUACGAUGGCCGUGGUAUCGGAUGUUACAUGUUCAAGAUUGAUGAAAACUUUGUCGUCGAUGCGACGAUGCGCGGCAAUGCGGCCCGUUUCAUCAAUCACUCGUGUGAGCCCAACUGCUACUCCAAGGUCGUCGAUAUUCUUGGCCACAAGCACAUCAUCAUCUUCGCGCUGCGUCGUAUCGUGCAGGGCGAGGAGCUAACCUACGACUACAAGUUCCCGUUCGAGGAUGUAAAAAUCCCAUGCUCGUGUGGUUCGAAAAAGUGCCGCAAGUAUCUCAACUAA